UCGGGUGGAGGCAGCCGGGCCGGGGCCCCGCGGCCGGGCCAUGGCGGAGCUGCAGCAGCUGCAGGACUUCGAGAUCCCCGCGGGCCGCGAGGCGCUGCGCGGGAACCACGGCGCCCUGCUGCGGGUCGCCGACUACUGCGAGGACAACUACGUGAAGGCCACGGACAAGCGGAAGGCGCUGGAGGAGACCAUGGCCUUUGCCACUCAGGCCCUGGCCAGUGUGGCCUACCAGGUGGGCAACCUGGCCGGGCACACACUGCGCAUGCUGGACCUGCAGAGCACGGCCCUGCGGCAGGUGGAGGCCCGGGUGAGCGCACUGGGCCAGAUGGUGGACAUGCAUCUGGAGAAGGUGGCCCGCAGGGAGAUCGGCACCUUGGCUGCUGUGCAGCGCCUGUACCCUGGCCAGAAGGUGAUCGCCCCCUCGAGCCUGCCACCGCUGGAGCCCUACUGCAGGAGACCCAUCAACUUUGGGUGCCUGGAUGACAUCGGACAUGGGGUGAAGGUCUGUCUGUCUGUCGUGGGAGGGCAGGAUGCCCUUGCACACCCCUGUCUCAGCCUGCAGGCUGCCACAUGGCCAGAUCUGUGUGCCGCUUGGGAGGCUGAGGCAGGAGGAUCUCACAAGUGCAAAGCCAGCCUGAGCUGCACGAUGAGACCCGGACACAAUCUCUGGGACCUGAGCACACAGCUGUCGCGCACCGGGACCCUGGGGCGCAGGAGCAUCAAGGCGCCGGCCGCGCCCGCCUCGGCCACCCUGGGGAGGGCGCCCCGGGUCCCCGAGCCCGUGCAGCCCCCCGUGCGCCCCGACGGCCGCCUCUCCGCCGCCUCCUCCGCCUCGUCGCUGUCGCUGGCCUCAGCCAGCAGCGCCGAAGGCGUCCCCGGGGGGACCCCGGCCCCGCCACCCCCGCCCCCGCCCGCCGAGGACUUCCUGCCGCCGCCCCCGCUGCCCGGGGAGCUGUGCCUGCCCCCGCCGGAGCUGCUGGAACCUCCCGAACUCGAUGACCUGGGGUUGCCGCCGCCCCCACCUGGCUUUGGACCGGAAGAGCCCAGCUGGACCCCAGACGCCUACUUGGAGAAAGUGGUGACCCUGUACCCGUACACCCGCCAGAAGGACAACGAGCUGUCCUUCGCCGAGGGCACCGUUAUCUGCGUCACCCGCCGCUACUCCGACGGCUGGUGCGAGGGCGUCAGUGCUGAGGGCACCGGGUUCUUCCCCGGGAACUACGUGGUGCCCACCUGCUGACCAGAGGCCAAGGCAGGGGGAUCUCUGUCCUGUCCCCUCCCCAUGGUCACAGGGAGAGGUAGGGGCCCCAGGCCUGCUGCAGAGGGACAGAACUGGAGACUGGAGCUGUGAUCGUGUCCCCUGGAGCCCUCAGCCCUAGCGAGGUGGGGCCCCCACCCCAAGCUGGCAGCUCUGAAUAAACCUCCACGACUUGG